UCCCCGGAUGAAGUUGUGAUUGACUGUACACGGCUAAAAAGUUGAGCUCCAGUCGAGAGGUGGGGCUUUAUUGGCAUGGGAAACAUAUGUUAACAUUGCCAAAGCAAGUGAAAUUGAUAAACAAAAGGGAAGUGAAUGGUUCUGCAGCCCGUGUGUUCUAAGGAAGGCAGAAUGCAGACCAUGAAGUGUGUAGUGGUGGGGGACGGUGCCGUGGGUAAAACAUGCCUCCUCAUCUCCUACACCACCAAUGCUUUCCCAGAGGAGUACAUCCCCACCGUGUUCGACAACUACAGCGCCCAGAUGACGGUAGAUGGUCGCAGCAUCAGCCUCAACCUGUGGGACACAGCCGGACAAGAGGAGUACGACCGCCUCCGUACUCUGUCCUACCCCCAAUCCAACGUCUUCGUCAUCUGUUUUUCCAUCGGGAGUCCUUCAUCCCACGCCAACGUCCGCCACAAGUGGCACCCGGAGGUGUCUCACCACUGCCCCAGCGUGCCCAUCCUCCUAGUGGGGACCAAGAGGGACCUGAGGAGUGAUGGGGAGACGGUGAAGAAGCUGAAGGAGCAGGGUUUAGCUCCCACCACACAGCAACAGGGGAACAGCAUGGCUAAGCAGAUAGGAGCGGUGAAGUACAUGGAGUGCUCUGCUCUGACGCAGGAAGGGGUCAGGGAAGUGUUCAGCGAGGCAGUACGGGCCGUGUUGUAUCCCGUUACCAAAAAGAAUGCCAAGAAGUGUGUACUGUUGUAAUGAAAUGGGUUGGUGACUGGGACUUCGGAAGGAGGGGACUAAGGGAGGCACACAGAUGGAGAGAGUGAGGAGAAAAGACUGGAGAGAGACUAUGACGGGGAGCAGGUUUGAGUUUGUUGGAGGAGAUGGACUCAGGCCUCUCUGCCUGUAAAGACUCUUGAUUCAGCUCACUUCUCUCCUUCCUCUAGUACCCUCAAAAUCAAAUCAGGACCUCAAAGCCAGUUCCACUGCAUUUAUUUUGGUCCUUCUUACUCUCUAAUCAGGGAAAAGCUUUAGACCUGGGACACCAGGUGGGAGCAAUUCAUAUUCAGGCAGAACUGAAAACCAGUUGUAGUCUGGACCUCGUAGGGUCAGAGUUGAAUACCCUGGCUCUCUUCUUUUCCUCUCUGCAGAGUUUAAUCCACUUCUAAUUGUAUCACCAAAGUGACUAUGCCAACAGAGCUACAGGGGAGAAUAUAGUCUUUCUCUCCAACAGUCUGCUCAAACUCCUAUUAAUGUUAUCUAUUGAUAUCACUUGAUUUGUAGCAAUGUUCGAAAAGAUGCUUCUGCCUUAGCUAAUACAAUCGGUCUGUUUUGUUUUGUGCAAUCCCUUGUUGUUGAGAUGUUCCAUAAUGACAGAUCCCCAACCUGAUAGAGCUGAAGAGACGAGCUCUGCUUUAGUAUAAAGGUUUCCACUCCCUCCAUCACUGCCUAUCCAGGCUACCCAUCGAGUUGAAACCACACCUGGAAAUAGCCUAUAGGUUUUGGGCAUCUUGUUUUGUGCAGCUCUCUGCUUUAGCUAGGUGUCCAGUUUGCCUUCUUAAUUUACCUUCAAAUGGACAUUAGCCUAAUCCAAGUAUGAUGCAAGGGCCAAAUCAACCUUUUAAAAUCAAUGAAUCGAUUGGUUGGAUGAAUGUUGUGAGUUUUUAUGAUUUAAUGCUGACAAGAAUGAUGGAACGACAGAGAUAUCAGAUUGUUGGUUCCGGUUAUUUAUGCAAAUGACAUUUUAUGUGCCUUGUGUGAUAUUUGAUUUUUACAUUUUAUCUACCUUUUUUUUUUUCAUCUAGAUGUAUAUGCAUUAGAUCCCAAAAUGAUUGUAUUUGAAAUAUGUUGUGUGUGUACUAGUCUCUGGGAGUAACUCAACAAUACAUCCUCUCAGAAGAACCAAAGCUUCUUUUUGAAGGUGAAACAAACCUUUUGAUUUUACACGAUGUUUUCUCCCUUUGGGGCCAACUCGGAAACGGAAGUAGCUGUGACAUCAGAGAGGUGUUGUGGUGUGAACUUGUUUUCACAGCCUUCAGCGUUUGCCGCUAGAAUGUGAUUUAUUCUACAACCUAUAUGAUGCUGGUAAAUGAGCGGUGGGGUUUACAGGCUAUGUGAUACCUGGCAACGGCAGCAGGAAGUAGGGCUCAGAUUCCAAUAACUGUACAUUUAUUUAGGCUUGUCUUUUUAUUAAAUGACUGAACCAUGGUGGUUUC